CUCUGUCAGACUCCACUCCACCCUCACGCCCCUGCCUUUCCUGGUGGACAAAGGAGGGUGAAGUUGCCUCAAUUCUGGAGAGCACGUCUAUAGACCGGGCACGGGCAUCUAUCAUGACCUAGGCUGCGAACCUCCUCCAGUGAAGAGAGGAAUAGGCUCGAACCUUCGAUUGGGUCCAGAGAGAUGUCAGUCAAGGGAUAGGCGGGUGCAAUAGCAAUCCGACGCACAGUAUUGGUGGAGAUACGAAGCCGACGGAAUGGGGGCGGAACGGUCGGAGAGGACCGGCUUCGCUUGAUUGGGCCAUAAAGGAGGCAGUGCCGCCCUCCGUACUCCGGAUUGGCUGAACGUGAGCCGCACCCCCCUCUCGCCGGCAACCUUGGGGAUGUGCAGAUGGAGGCCGGAGGAGGCACUGCUGCCCCAGCCCCCGGGGACGCGGAGGACUUGGAGGAGAUGCGGUUCCCCAGUGAGGAGGCUAGAGACGGUGGAGGGAUUUGCAGGGACCUACCCGGUACUGGAGAUGCGAGCGUGGAGAAAACAGGAUCCGAGACCAAGAACCAGCCACCCGGCCUGCUGCUCCAGCCCGAGGCUCCGUCAUGCACCUAUGGGCUCUGGGGUCCGGGAGCCUCUGAGAACAGUCCCGUGGGUGGCCCUGAGAGUGGCUCAGGGGGCCAGGGCGGGGACCCCAGUGACGAGGACUGGCGCAGCAAGCGGAAGCACGUGUUCGUGCUGAGUGAGGCCGGCAAGCCCAUCUACUCACGGUACGGUAGCGUGGAGGCAUUGUCGACUACCAUGGGUGUGAUGACAGCCCUCGUGUCCUUCGUGCAGAGUGCAGGAGAUGCCAUUCGCGCCAUCUAUGCUGAGGACCACAAGCUGGUGUUCCUACAGCAGGGCCCACUGCUGCUGGUGGCCGUGUCAAGGACUCCUCAGUCAGCAGCCCAGCUGCGGGGGGAGCUCAUGGCCGUGCACGCACAGAUCGUGAGCACCCUGACGCGCGCCAGCGUGGCCCGCAUCUUCGCGCGCAAGCAGAACUACGACCUCCGCCGCCUGCUGGCCGGCUCGGAGCGCACUCUAGACCGGCUUCUGGACAGUGUGGAGCGGGACCCGGGUGCCCUGCUGCUGGGCGCCGUGCGCUGCGUCCCUCUCGCUCGCCCGCUGCGGGACGCGCUGGGUGCGCUGCUCCGACGUUGCACGGCGCCUGGCCUGGCCCUCUCGGUGCUGGCGGUUGGCGGUCGCCUGGUGACAGCAGCCCAGGAGCGGACUGUGCUGGCCGAGUGCCGGCUGGACCCAGCCGACCUGCAGUUGCUGCUGGACUGGGUGGGGGCACCGGCCUUUGCGGCGGGCGAGGCCUGGGCGCCUGUGUGCCUGCCCCGCUUCAACCCCGAUGGUUUCUUCUACGCCUACGUGGCCCGCCUGGACGCCAUGCCUGUCUGCCUGCUGCUGCUCGGCACCGACCCCGAGGCCUUCCACGACAUGGCCACCUGCCGGCGCCUGGUCGAGGACGGCAUGCACUCCCUUGGGGCCAUGCGCACCCUCAGGGAGGCUGCCAGCUUCUCCAGCACCCCAUCGGCCAGUGCCUCGGCCUACAGUGUGCAGGCUGUGGAGGCCGCCGGCCUCCGGCACUUCCUCUAUAAGCCGCUGGACAUCCCCGACCAUCACCGCCAGCUGCCCCAGUUUACCAGCCCCGAGCUGGAGGCCCCGUACAGCAGAGAGGAGGAGCGACAGCGCCUGUCCGACCUGUACCACCGCCUGCACGCGCGCCUCCAUAACACCUCGCGGCCCCUGCGCCUCAUUUACCACGUGGCUGAGAAGGAGACGCUGCUGGCCUGGGUGACCUCCAAAUUUGAGCUGUACACCUGCCUCAGCCCCCUGGUGACCAAGGCAGGUGCCAUCCUCGUAGUGACCAAACUCCUGCGUUGGGUGAAGAAAGAGGAGGAUCGUCUCUUCAUUCGUUACCCACCCAAGUACUCCACACCCCCGGCAGCCCCAGCUGCCUCCACGGACCAAGCUUCCCAUAACGGCCUGUUUACUGCAUCUUGAGAGGCAGAGCUCCCAGACUGGGCCGUGUGGGCCGGGGUGUGGCGGGCGGGGGGGGGGUUGCUGGUGGUGGUGUCUGUGGCUGGUCCCUGUCUCCCCGGGCAAUGGAGCAAGAUCUGGGGGGCUGCCCACACAUGAGAGAUGGGUGGCAGCGUGACGGCACACAGGUGAGCCGGCUGCUUCCCCGGCCCCCUCCUGCCCCUUCACCUCUGGGGAAAUCCUUAGGACUCCCUCUUCCCCUCCCUCUGCCACGCCUCCUUCACUUGCAUGAUGUUCCAGCCUCUGUCAGGGACCGUCUCCUCCAGUCCUGGCCACCACACCCUCUGUCCUGCAUCAGGGGUCUGCCUCCCGCAUGGGAUCUCAGCCCUGAGGGUCCAGGGCUGGCCAGGGUCUCCUUGGGUGGCCCACGGGGGUUCUGGAGUUGGAACGCAGGACCAGCCUGUGCCCAGAAACGGCCUGAAGAUAUUUUAAAGAAAAAAACUGCACAUAAAAAGCCUAAAACCGAUCCCCAUAAGGACAUUUCCUUUGCGCUUCAUGUACUUCAUCUUUACCCAGUCAAAAAUGACCCCCAUCAGUGUUGGCUGCUGCUAACAUUAAUAAGAUGGUCUCUAGCGUCUGCCUGUCUGUGUAACCUGGGGCAAAGCACCUGACUUCACAUGGUAGCUGAGAUCCAGAAUUUUUACAUAGAUCCACUUACCUUCCACGGCUCAUUCUACUCACUCAUGAAAUGCAGAUACCUAACCUCUCAUAGGCUGUUAAGUGAGGAUUCGUGAACGAAAAGGGACUCAACGCUUGCAUACCACCACACGGCGCAUGGAUGUUUGUCCCAGACUUGCACAACCUGCACGACACAAGCAUCCUAGAGAGGGAGCUAGCGACACCUGCCUGUAAUUUCCAUGCGUGCACGCAGCACUCACUCGCCAAUGACCAAGACCCUAGUUUUGCCCUUCUUUUCUCUAACCUGGAGUUGCAGGACACCACGCGGGCGCGCCAACUGUCGCUCGGGGGCUCUGGGCUGUCCCCUCCCGGGAGCGGAAAGCCCAUCGCUCCUCACCCUGGUCAACGGACGCACAGAGACGCACUAGGCGCGUGCGCUCUGCACAGCCUAUCCGCCCUCGCGUGAUUUUUUUUUUUUUUUAAACCAAUCAUCGUCCAAAGCGCAGUCGCGCCAGCCGUGCGUGCGUUGGAAAAUGGCGGGGAAGUUGGAGCCUUCGGAAGUGGCGCCGCUGGAAGUCCUUGAGGAGGCUGAAGGUAGUGAGGGCAAGUGGGCCUCUGGCAGCCAGGGUAGAAGGAAGGGAGGCUUCGUCCCCUUACAAUAAUGAAAUAUUGAUAGCAGUACUUAAGGAAGAAAAAUUGUAAGCCUUUUAUUAAAAAAAAAAAAAUGCUCUCAACAAAGCGCAGGUAAAUAACAUGUAUAUUCUCAAAAGCUCGAUUAACUGUUGUCAACUUUAUUGGCUAUAUUGCUUAUUUAUUUUAAAGUAAACAAUAGACUAAAUACUUAAGUAUGCAUCUCUUCAAACAAAAGAGGGGUGGAUGGUCUCACAGAACCCACUCAACUGCUGCCAUAGCUAAGAAAAUUAACAGUAAUUCCCCAAUAUCAUCAUUUCACACCCAGCCCAUAUCACACUUUGCAUGGACUCUUAAAUCUUAAUUGUGAAUGGCCACUCCCACAGACGGCUUCUUUGGAGAAAAUUCUCCAGGGCAUUUUGUUGAUAUUGACACCCUACACCCCAGUGAGAGGAAAGACAAAAUUUUCCUAGAGGGAGCUGGAAAUUUAGGUCUAGCCAAAAGAAGAAAAUCUCCCAAGACAAUGAUCUCCUGUUAGCCACUAGCAUUUUUUUUAAUUAUAGAAAUUUUCAAAAUGUACCAAAGCACAGAAAAUAGCAUGAUGAAUGCCCAUGUACCCAUCACUCUGUAUCAACUGUUUCGACUCUUGGCCCUCCUUUCAUUUAUCUCUGACCACCUUUCCUACUCUUUAAACCAUCAUAUUAAUAAACACAUUGGAUUGCAUCUUUCCAGUUAUAUCUAUGCAGAUGACAACAAUAAUUAUGCACUUGUAUAUUGUCUCUCUUAGGAUGUGAACUUCAUCAGAACAGACCAUUUGUUGCCGUUUCCCCAGCACCUGAAACAGUGCCUGCUUGGCAUAUAGUAGGUGCUCAGUAAUUUUUUUACUGCAUGAAUAAUGAAAUAACUAACACCGAGAGCUCUCUUAGAUUUUGGCCUCACAUUGAGUGCAAGCUUUCAACAAGAAAUAAGACAGAUGCCAAUAAAUCUUCCUUAUUAAGCACUUAGUAUAGCUGCCACUGUGCUUAAAAAAAAAAAAAAAGACUAUUAUUAUCAAAUUUUUUUAAAAAAGGAAGUUAUGGUUAACUUCACCAGCAAUGGAGAAAGUUGAAAAGCAUAUCAAGUUACCAUUUCUAACCCAUCAAAAUUAGCUUUAGAAACGUAUAUCUGGUAUUUUCAUAUCUCCAGUCACCAUGCUUGGUAAUCUUAGAAUACGCAGGUGUGUGUGUGGACCAAGCAGGGUCAUUGGAAUGUUGCUGAUGGAAGCGAAACACAGGAGCAAUCACGGAAAUGACUAAAUUUAGGUAUAUCCAUGCGUUAUGGAAUGCCUGUAUAAUGGACAUUUUUUCUUAAGAGACAGGAAAAAAUAAUUAAAUUCCAAUUUAAUUUAAUUAAUUAAAAUUAAAAGGAGAAGAUGGUGAUUCAUUAACAGACAGUGAGCUUCAAAAGAGAUCAUAUGCUUACGAGAGAAAAGCAAGUUGGGAUUAAUAAAAAGAAAAAAAAAAAAGAAGAGGCAAUUCAACUACAGCCCUAUGUGUGCUGCUUAGAAAAAUGUCUGAAGGCUAAAGGCCUAACUGGUGACUCUCAACAAAGGACUUGGAUUUUGGGGGCUGUGUAGAGGUGGAAGCAUUUUUGUAAUUUUUUAAAAAAGAAAAUGUAAGUAGUGCUAAAUAAUAUUAAAAUAUAAGAGGAAAAAUGCUGAAUGGCAUCUGAUGAUCAUACAUUAAUAUUGGUCAAUAUUAACAUCUCUGUUUUGAUGGUUAUACUGCAGUUACCUGGUAGAGUCCCCUUAUAAAUAGCAAAUAUAUACUGGAAUAUUAAGAAAUAAUGGGUCAUGAUGCCUGCAAUUUAUGUGCAGUAAUGCUCACAAAUGGGAAAUCUGAUACAAGGGCAAAUAGCACUGUGGCCUGUUUCUACAACUUUUAUGUAUUCAAUACAUCUGAAAUUAUUUCACAAUAAAGUGUUUCAAAGGGGUUCAUGCUC